AUGCCUGAUAUCUCCUCGCUUCCUCGAAAGAGGAACAGAAAAAGACGAUUAUGCUACGUUGUGUGCGUUGCAGACGUACGGCUUGGUCCCGAAAUUGAUCCUUGCACGGCGGCUAAUCCUGGCGGUGCGGUUGCGGAGCGCGAGGCUCGAAGACUGGGGUCGAUAUUGGCAGCCUUGGAAUUUGUUUUGUUUGUUGUCUUGCAGUCUUGUUGCCAUAUUUUAUAG